UUUCACCGUUGCAUAGUUGCUGACUACUGUAUCAAGCAUCUGUGUUUCAACAAUGCGAGCUGUGUAAAUCAGCAUGUGAACUACACGUGCUGGUGCAAAAUUGGAUGGACUGGAAACUAUUGUGGAAAAGAUACGAAUGAAUGUACAGAGAAAGCUAAUGCUUGCCCAGCUCAGCCAUCAUGUGUCAAUUCUAUUGGUUCAUAUCGCUGUAAUUGUCCGUCUGGUUGGAGAGAUCGAGGUGCACACACCUACAUCGAUGUUGACGAGUGCUUGGUGGGAUCUCACAGUUGUCCAUCAAAUUCACGGUGUUCUAAUACUCCACGUUCCUACCGCUGCAUCUGUUUGGCAGGUUGGAGAAACCAAGGACCCAGCACUUGUGUUGAUAUUGACGAGUGUUCUGUUGGAUCACACAACUGUCCAUCAAACUCAAGAUGUUCCAACACAAUAGGCUCCUACCUUUGCCGUUGCAAAUCUGGUUUCACUCAACCCUACUCGAGAUGUACAACAGGAAGCCAUUCGUGUUCCUCCUACGGCAACGCCGUGAAUACCAUUGGCUCCUACUAUUGUCGCUGUAACCGCUGUUACUACAUGUCUGGACGCAGCUGUAAUCGUAAGUAA